ACAUUCAGUCCGUAGAUGAACGCGCGCGCCGAACGCACGCGGCCGAAGCGCGGCAAACGAUGUCUAUGACUUAAAAAAAAAACAAAAAGGACUACAGAUGAAGUUGUAUUCAGCCAGUAACAUAAGUGCGUUCAUGUGGAACCAAGGGAUUCUGUAAUAACUUUUAACGCGACCUCGCCAUGUGGCGCGCCGUGCAGGUCGUGCACGUGCUCCUCGCGCUGACGUGCGUGCGCGCACAGAAUCGCGUCGUGGACGUCAGCACGACUUGCGACCGCGGCUCUUUCACUGUGUCACUGGAAAUGGCGCAGCCGUUCAAAGGGUUACUGUUCAGCAAGGACUUCUCGAGGGAGUGUAGAGUGCAAGGCAACCACAAAACGAAGGUGUCUCUCCACCUACCGACGAACGCAUGCGGCGUGAGGAGCUCCACCCUAAACACGACCAGCGACGACCAGCUGUACUAUACGGUGGAGCUGGUCGUGCAGAUGGACCGCAUGUUACAGCAGUCCACUGAUCAGGAGCUUGUGGUCAGGUGUAAACUGCAGCCGCGUGCGGUUCGUAUCAACAGUUCAGCUCUCGAGGGAGUCAUCAACUCUAAACUACGAGAAAUGAUCGGGCAGGAAGCUAAAAAGACGAGGACCGGCCGCAACCGCCAAGGCUGGGUGAAUCCAGCUGAGAUGGAGCAGCGUGAAUGGCUACUAGAGUCAGCUCGGGCUUGGAUGGAGCUAGUCCCAGCUUCGCCAACUAGUGAACCCGCCACGGUCGAGGUGGGGCAGCCGACGAAGCUGCUGAUCCAGUGCACGCUGCCUGUUGGAGUCGGUCUCCGCAUAACCAACUGCGUAGCUCACGACGGCCUCGGGGAGGCCUCCCAGAAACUCCUCGACGAGGCGGGCUGUCCCAUUGAUGAGUCCAUUUUCUCGACCCCCUCCAUCCAUCGCCACAAGAAAGGGACGGAGAUAGAUUUCGCAGAUCUGGAACCGGUGGACCCACAGCGAAACCUAGACGAAAACUUCAAUCUCAAACAGGCCAAAACCGACCCAGAACUGAUGUUCAAAAACAUAAUGACGUACCAACACGCUAUCACCACUUUCGCCGCCUUCAAAUUCCCUGAUCGAGCAAAACUACAUCUAACAUGCGGCAUAGAAUUAUGUAAAGGAAAAUGUCCAGUGGUGGAUUGCAAAGCUUUGCAAAGGCCUCAACAGACGAGGGAGGGGUUAUUGAGAAAGGCGAGAUUAGACAAAGACGCUAAAGGAGUUGUUAUUGAUAGAUUGGAGGUGUAUAACAGCAUUGAGGUGUUGGCGCCUAAUAUUGAGUUGGAGGAUGAGGCUUCUAUAAGAGGCUCACGAAGAAUCGAAAGCGAAGAGGACGAUCUCAUCCGUGGCUUCUCACCGGGCGACAAGACCAUCUGCCUCUCGCCCGGCAAAAUGGCUCUCGCCUUCUGCGUUUUAGGGGUCAUAUUCCUAUGCGCGAUCGCCGUAGCCUUCGUCUCGCUAAUUAGAGCGAGAAGGCGUCUGGGCAGGGAGCCGAUGCAUACAUCCCUCUCUUUCUACACGGGUAGCAAGAGCAUGUUCUCGUCUAGUGAGAGCUCCAGUUCUGGAUUGAGUGGUAGCAAGUUGUUGCUCACUGAUAGCCCGUAUUUAGAUCAUCAUUCGUCUUCAAGCAAUAAUUGGCCAUAUUCUAGAGCGUUUUAAACGUCUAGGCAGGGAGCCGCUGCAUACAUCCCUCUCUUUCUAAACGGGUAGCAAGAGCAUGUUCUCGUCUAGUGAGGGACCCAGUUCUGGAUUGAGUGAUAGCACGUUAUUGCUCACAGAUAGCCUGUAUUUAGAUUAUCAUUUGUCUUCAAGCAAUAAUUAGCCAUAUUCCUGUGCGUGAUCGCCGAAUCUUUCGUGUCGCUAGUCAGCGCCAAGGCGCCUAGGCAGGGAGCCGCUGCAUACAUCCCUCUCUUUCUAAAUGGGUAGCAAGAGCAUGUUCUCGUCUAGUGAGAGACCCAGUUCUGGAUUGAGUGAUAGCAAGUUAUUGCUCACAGAUAGCCUGUAUUUAGAUCAUCAUUUGUCUUCAAGCAAUAAUUAGCCAUAUUUCAUUUCAUUCAUUUAUUGCAUCCAUGGUUACAUUAGGUGUUACAUAGUAAUGGUAUGCUUCACAUGGACCCUGAUAGGGCACAGCAAUAGUCUUAAAUCUAAAUUAUGCUAGGUAUUAAUAUUAUUAUUAUAUUCCUGUGCGUGAUCGCCGAAUCUUUCGUCUCGCUAGUCAGAGCGACAAGGCGCCUAGGCAGGGAGCCGUUGCAUACAUCCCUCUCUUUCUAAACGGGUAGCAAGAGUAUGUUCUCGUCUAGUGAGAGCUCCAGUUCUGGAUUGAGUGAUAGCAAGUUAUUGCUCACAGAUAGCCUGUAUUUAGAUCAUCAUUUGUCUUCAAGCAAUAAUUAGCCAUAUUCCUGUGCGUGAUCGCCGAAUCUUUCGUCUCGCUAGUCAGAGCGAGAAGGCGCCUAGGCAGGGAGCCGCUGCAUACAUCCCUCUCUUUCUAAACGGGUAGCGAGAGCAUGUUCUCGUCUAGUGAGAGCUCCAGUUCUGGAUUGAGUGCCAGCAAGCUAUUGCUCACAGAUAGCCGGUAUUUAGAUCAUCAUUCGUCUGCAAGCAAUAAUUAGCCAUAUUCUAGAGCGUUUUGAGGUUUCUUUGCGUGGAACGAUAUUGGUUUAAUUUGUCCAGUUGAUAUAUAAUUGAAUGUGAAGACAAAAUUUGAAAUACAAAAUGAAAGACUGUAUCGGAGAAGAUCGAUUUGGACUUUGGUAUAACCAUAAAAAGUAAAUACAUAAAGUCAGGUGACAAGCAAAACUCACUAAUUACUAAAAAAUAAUUAAACAAAAGUCAACCUUAUUUUAGUAGUUAUAUGGUUCGUUAUGGCUAUAACUUGUGGUGGUAAUUAGUGAGUUUUGCUUGUUACCUGCGAUAAUAGAACUAUUUACAACUUACAACAUCUCAUCUCGCGGGUUCAAACCCCGGCUCGUACCAAUGAGUUUUUCGGAACUUAUGUACGAAAUAUCAUUUGAUAUUUACCAGUCGCUUUUCGGUGAAGGAAAACAUCGUGAGGAAACCGGACUAAUCCCAACAAGGCUUAGUUUUACCCUCUGGGUUGGAAAGUCAAAUGGUAGUCGCUUUCGUAAAAACUACGCCAAAUCUUGGGAUUAGUUGUCAAAGCGGACCCCAGGCUCCCUUGAGCCGUGGCAAUAUGCCGGGACAACGCUAGGAAGAAAGAACAUUAAUAAAAUGAAAUUUGGUAUGGAUCACACAGUUUUUACUGUAGUUUACUUUUUAUACCUAAUAAAAGAUAUUAAGUCAGAUCUCGGCUAGAUAUCUUCCUAUGCCUGUAAGAUGUUCUAUCUAUUGAGUCUGUUUUUUCCAAAGACUUAAUUUUCACUUGUAACAAUAAUAUUUUGAAAAGAAACGGUUACUUAGCCGAAAUAUAGCUGUAGAAAGGCAAUACGUAACGUAGGUAUAUAGAAUUUAUAAACGACAACGAUGAAUAUAUAUACUUUUUUUUUAUUUGGUGCUAUCCUAACUUUUUUUAAAGACCUAAAGCUAAUAAAAUGUCGGUAAAUUUUACACUCGAAACUGUGAGACUUUCUACUAUUACCUCCACAGGUUUUUAAUAUAGUUUUGGUACUUCCUAUUUUUAUUUAUUAUUAGUUAGUAAGCUAUGAAUAUGUAAUUUGAGGAGGUGCUUUUGGCUACGACUUGUUAUAAGUCUUGAAACAUUGUCUUUGACAUUUCAAGCAAACAUUUUCUAGUUUUUUUAUGGUUGGUUGUGGGAUUUAGUUUAAUAUAAAAUUCAUUAGCACUUCCUCGAGGUUAAAUAUGAAAUACAUAUAACCUAAGCAAUAAUUAGUACAUACUUAUAACUACAAUAGUUGAUGCCUAGACAACUACAUUUGUAUUUAUUUUAUUUGUGAUAUAUUCUUAUUAAAGGCGAUGGAUGUUUUUUAUACCUUUACAAGUUUCUAUUAAAUUAAUAAAUGGAACAAUACAA